AUGGAGGCACCCCCAGAUGUCGUGCCUUCCGUUGAGGCACCGCCCGCGACGCACGAUGACUCCACCACGAAGCCAGCUCUGACGCCGCCCACGAGCGAAGACAACGACAAGCGAUUCGAGAGGAUGUCGUCCGAACUCUCCGAGCUGGACAGCGACGACGGCGAAGACAUCGAGCCAGACCAUUACUUCGAGGGAGGAAAGAUACCCGUGUUUAAGCCAACAAUGGACCAGUUCCGCAAUUUCAAGCGCUUCAUCGACAAGAUCGACAAGCAUGGAAUGAAGUCGGGUAUCGUCAAGGUUAUUCCACCAGCGGAAUGGCGCCAAUCGCUCCCUGAUCUUACCGAAGCCGUCAAGGGCAUCAAAGUCAAGAACCCUAUCACGCAAGAGUUCGCUGGACAGCACGGCAUCUACACACAAGCCAACAUUGAGAAACAACGAUCAUACAAUCUGCCGGAAUGGAAAGCCGUGACGGACGAGCCACAUCAUCAGCCGCCAGCCAAGCGAGGCGAGCGCCGAAAGGCUGCUGCCGAACCCCCCUCUCGUACCCGCUCGUCGCGCGCCGCCCCUGCAAAUCGCGAUGCCUCGCCUGCACCUAAGCGCGGACCUGGUCGCCCUUCUCGAAGGCGCCAGGUGAAGAAGGAGCCAGUCGAAGACGAUGAAGACGAAGACAGCUCUCCCGAGGUCCCCCCCACACCCACAUCACCUGGAAAGGAAGAGAAGAAGACACCAGCAAGGAGGAUCAAGAAGGAAGCGCGCGACACACCACCUGCUCGGGCACGCGGUCGGCAAGCGAAGACAGCCGACGAGAAGAAAUCCGUCUCUUCUCGGCGUCUGAACAACCGCGGCGCAGUGGCCGAUUACAUCGACGAGGCUGCGUUUGAGGACUUCGACUACCACCUGGAUGGCCUUGAUGAAUACACCGUCGAGCGAUGCAAAGAGCUAGAGGACAACUACUGGAAGACGAUCAACUAUGGCUCGCCCAUGUAUGGAGCCGACAUGCCGGGUUCUCUGUUUGACGACUCGACCACCUCCUGGAACGUCGCGAAGCUACCCAACCUUCUGGAUGUUCUUGGAACCAAGGUCCCUGGUGUCAACACGGCGUACCUCUACCUGGGCAUGUGGAAAGCCACUUUUGCCUGGCACUUGGAGGAUGUGGACCUUUACAGUAUCAACUACAUUCACUUUGGUGCCCCCAAGCAGUGGUACAGCAUAUCCCAAGAAGACGCUCGCCGCUUCGAAGCUGCCAUGAAGACCAUCUGGCCAAACGAUGCAAAGCAUUGCUCGCAAUUCCUUCGCCAUAAGACCUACCUGAUCUCGCCUCAGCGACUGGAAAGGGACUUCAACAUCAAGGUCAACCGUCUGGUCCACUACGAGGGCGAAUUCGUCAUCACAUAUCCUUAUGGCUACCACUCCGGGUACAACAUCGGCUACAACUGCGCAGAAUCGGUCAACUUCGCAAACGAAUCUUGGUUGAGCUAUGGUCGGAUCGCAAAGAAAUGUCUCUGCGAAUCUGACAGCGUUUGGGUUGACGUUAACGAGAUCGAGCGCAAACUACGAGGAGAGCCAACACCCGAGUACUAUGAGGAGACUGAUGACGAUGAAGACGACGAUGACGGCGCUGAUCGUCUGCCCAGUCCUCCAGCCAGUGUCGCUGGCAAAACCAAAGGAAAGCCAGGCCGUAAGCCAGCCGGCAACAAGAGGAAGCGCGGCAAGGAGGAUCCCAAAGAGACGUCUCGACCAAAGAAGCUCAAGCGCAUUCGCAUCCGUAUCAGGAUUCCAGGUCGAGGCAUGCCCUGCAUUCUCUGCCCUAACGAUGUGGAGUACGACGAUCUGCUACCGACCGACAAUGGCAUGAAGGCUCACCGGAUCUGCGCGGACUAUACGCCUGAGACUUACAUCGUCAACAAGGGCGAUGUCGAAACCGUGUGCAAUGUGGCCAACAUCGGCAAGGACCGCUUGGAGCUCAAGUGCAACUACUGUCGGUCUAAGCGCGGCGCCGUCUUCCAGUGUUCGCAAAAGAAGUGUACUAGGGCCUUCCAUGCUACCUGUGCGGUGGCUGCAGGUGUCCAGGUUGACCUUGGUCCCAUGCCUACCUUUGACGAAGAGGGCACAGAAUACUUCUACGAUGGCUACGACUUCCGAUGCCGUUUCCACCGGCCAAAGAAGCGCAACAAUAAGACUGUCGAUGUUGAAGCACUGGAAAAGGACAAGUUUGUCUUGGCCUAUGGCAAGACUCUCAAACCCAAGGAUGUCAUCCAGUUCCAGUACGUGGGUGGCGAAAUGUACCAGAUCUACGGCGCACAGGUCGUAGAAAACAGACCUGGCGAGCAGGCUGUCCUGGUAGAUGUAUUGCCUGACGGUGAUCGAGUCGAAGUUGAGUGGAAGUACAUACUCAAGCUUCAUCCAGACGAAUCGCAGCGACUAAAGCCAUCCGCAAAUGCCAAGCCACUUCCAGAGCAUCUUAAGGAGAGCGACGCAUCCCUUGACAUCACGAACCGCACCGACGGUGUGCCUGAGAUGGGCGAUCCUUUCCACGACCCCAACUCCGAGCACAAGUGGGCUGAAUGGUAUACUGCUCCUGAGGUUACUCGGAGAGUGGCUAGAGUCGAUCUCAGCAAGGAGGACCGGCUUUGGUACUACCUUGGAAAGCCUUCAACCGAGGCUAGGCCACAGUACACUGAGGACCCUGCAAAGCCUAGGAACAACCCCAAGAGCAACUUCCUUGAAACCGUCAAGCCUCCUCCCCCGCCAGUACCAACUUUCCAUCGUACUUCGUACCCAGCCUCUUAUCCCAUCAAGCCGGCACCCAUCGCAGUACCUCCGCGCACACCGAUGCAAUAUCAAACACCAGAUGGUCGGCCGUACAAUUACAAGCCGAAGGAGUUGUCGAUGUCGUCUUACAGGUCGCCGGUUUACAACCCUGAUACUCGCAAGAAUCCCAAUUCGCCCGUAGCACAUCAACCCAAUGUCAGCUAUGAUCAUCGCUUACCCACAGGACAACAAGGGCAGCAGCCAUACCAAGGCUAUCACACGCAUCGGUCACCGCACCCUUCGCAGCAGCAACAGCAGUAUCAGCCAUAUGUGCCGCCACAGAGCUACUCUAAUGCGUCCUGGAAAACACAGUCGGCACUGCUCAACGGAAUUGACAAGCGCGGGACAGAUUGCUACUUCACCUUAUGGCCCACCAAGCCAUCAAAGCCAGGCAUCACCACACGGUCGCGCGUCGAUCUCAAACAUGCUGAGCAACCCUACUGGGACUCCCAAACCUCCAAUUCUGGAUGGUGGAAUUGCACCCGAAUGGAUGCCAAAGCAGGCUACGUCGAGAACCAGUGGUACACCUACUUCCAUCGCACCAAGGCCUAUCGCGUCACACGGAGCCGCGCAUUCUCCCGGAUACUACGGACCACCGCCACCAACGGGCCUACCUGCACCAAGGCCAUCCGCACAGUUCCAGUCUUCGGAUGCUUUCCAACGGGAAAUGGCAAGGACGACGCAGACUCCCGAGGCGCCAAAGUGGGAACAGAUGCUUAA